AACAUCCACACGAGAGAAGCCGACUUGAAUUAGAAUCUGUACUGGUUACAGUAGGUAUCAAAAUGGCGGCACCACUACUCAGGAGCGUACCGCAGCUCCGCUUCCGGCUGCACGGCAUCCGAAACGCCGCCAGAAUACUGUUUCCCUUUCGGAGACCAUGGAACAGCAUGGCCGAUUCCAUACGAACGGAGGAUGAGGUGUCAUCCUCUACGAAUAAGAAGACUAUAGCAGCAGCGCUAAGGGAGCCGCCCAAAUACCCCGGGUGGGAUGAUCCUGAUUAUCGGAAAUGGAAAGACAAGGAAAAAGAGAUUAUGCAUGAUAUUGAGUCAAUUACUUGUCUUACUAAAGAAAUUCUCCACUCCGACAAGUAUCUGGAUGGGGAACGGUUAACAGCUGAAGAUGAGGAAGCUGUGGUAGAGAAGCUGCUUAUGCAUCAUCCAAAUUCUGAAGAUAAAAUUGGAUGUGGCCUUGACUCAAUUAUGGUUGAUCGCCACCCACAAUUUAGACAAUCAAGAUGCUUGUUUGUUGUAAGAACUGACGGUGGAUGGAUAGACUUUUCCUAUCAAAAAUGCUUGCGAGCUUACAUUCGAAAUAAGUACCCUCCGCAUGCAGAUAGAUUCAUUCGAGAACAUUUUAAGCGUGGAAGUUGAUUAUCUAUGCGACAAAUUGGAAUCUGGUCGUAAAUUUGGCAGCUCUAACCGAAGAUGGAAGUAUCCUAUUAUAUGCAUGUGGGGGGACAAGUGGCUGUUGAUUCGGUGGUCUAUUUCACCCUAGAUCUCUACCAAUUUCUCAAGGUAGUGUGUUGUCCUUGACCAACUCUUUCAAAUUAUAUAUUUGUUUGAAAACGAGGACAAAGAAAAUCAUUGAAGUGAGACACUACUUUGUUGACUUGCAUCUCUUGUUGUUGGCUUUUGCUUAUAUUAUUCAUUAGGCAAGUGUAAUUUUUUCCGAAAUCAUCGGAUUUGCAUUAUAUUUGUUUGUGGGAACCUCAAGCUGUUAAAUUGUUUCAAUAAAGGUUCAUCUUGCCAAUCAAACUUGUCACAAAA